UCAGAAUGGGAGUGAAAACCGAAAAAACAAUGUGAAAAUAAUAUUUUUUUCACUGUAUUAGUGGAAAUUAUCUGCGUAAUGACAUUGUAAUUAGAUUAUCGACAUGUUUACUAAAAAAUCUCAUCAAGAUGUUAAAAAAUCUACGGUCAAAAUUCAAGAUUCUAAGAAGGAUUCUGCGACUCGUUUAAAACACUUAAAAAUCGUAUUAGAGCAUUAUGAUGCUGAUGAAGCCAAGGCAUAUUUUGAAGGGAACUUCAGUCAUGUGUACUUUAUAUUGUAUGAUAACUUCAUACAGGCUGAAAACAACUUGCGUCAGAGAGAACUGUCAUUCCAUCUCGUGCACAAGGCUGGCAGAGAAGAAUUAGAAGGAGCUUUAUGCCUCUUAGAAAAAGUAUUAUGCCUCCUCCCUGAACUGAUUGGGAAAAGAUGGCAACUUCACUCUUUAACAAGGGUAUUUUCAAAACUUCUCCAUAGUUGGAAUUCACAAAAGUUGCGAGCAGAGGCUAUAAGAUACUUCCUUCUUUGGUAUCAAGCACUAGGUGACAAUGCGCCCCUUGAAGUGCAUAAAAUGUUUGCUUCACUUGUGCCCGGCCUACCUGAGCCAAACAUCCUGCCGUCAGGUUCGCCUCCCAAGACCAAACAGUUUGAAGCUGCAGCAAACAUUUCUCACGAAUCCAACGAAUUUAGCAUGGAGGAUAUAUUGCAGCACCCUAAUUUUACUGCAACGUCAGACAAUGCUAAGAAAAUUGUUGUAGAACAGACACCAUCUGGCAUUAUUGGGAAGAUAGCAAAUGUUUCGGCUUCCAUAUUCCAUGAUACAAACGCUUUAAAUCCGGUCCAAUCUGUCGAAAUUCAACCACUAUUGCCGGCGAGCGCCAACGAAAGAGCAGUAGAAAAUGAAACCAAAUAUUUCUUUGAAAUCCUACUAGACGGGAUGGCGACGUCGGUAACGAAAAUACACUGGAAGGAUCGCUCGCACGCAAAGGCAAUGAGAUGUUUUGCAUUUCUUCUAGAAAAAUUCAAGCUGUAUUAUUUGCCUGUAAUUUGUCCCCAGUUUAAUUACAAAAAUUCGCUAUACAAGCCUAAUCUUGAACUACCAGUACAGCAUAACAUCUUAGAAGAUGAUUUUGUCCUAUGCCGAGUGACUUUAAUCAAGUGGGUGGCGAACUAUGCCCACUUUAUGAAGAAGCAGGGCAGUGAUGGUGGACAACCGUCUUCUAUGACCAGCACGGGCUCGCAUCUUCCGCAUUCGAACACCCCCACUCCGGCAACCUCGCUGCACCAUGAAGAGGAAACCUCCUUCACUGUUGGACAUCCCUCUGAUUCAAGUAGAGCGUCGUCACAUGAUUCUGCUUCCAAUACACCACAUCCUAGUUUAGAAUCAGGUACAGGCGUAUAUGAAGAGUUAAGUUCGGAGCAGGUGGUCCGAGACGUGCUGUGUUGUUCUUCACGAGAACAUGUGGACUUCACUAUAGAGGUGCUGAGACAAGCUUUCCUGCUGCCGUUCUCCCACGCCGCCGCCACCAGACGCGUCAUCGCGCUGUACAAAGACUGGAUUCAGAUGAAUGUGGCCGAGAUUCCCCCCUUCCUAAUGGAAAGCACGUAUGAACAAUCUGGGGAACCACUAGCGCCGCCGCGCCGCCUGCGCAACGACUCCUACCUCGGAGCCAUAGGGCGGGACAACGUAAUGGUGCGAGCUGGCUUACAGAAUGUUCUCCAAAUCUUCAUGACGCAGGCGGCGAACGUGUUCCUAGCGUGUCCGUCGCCAGUGGCGCCGCCUGGAGCGCUCAGUCAACAACAGCUGCUAGAAGAACAAACCGACACCUGCAAGAGAGUACUCAACAUAUACCGAUACAUGGUCAUGCACGUGGCUAUGGACGCUAAUUCUUGGGAACAACUUUUGUUGGUGCUUCUCCAAAUCACAUCACUCGUGCUGACCAAAGUUUUACCCAAACGGAAGCAGGAAUCAUUAGGUGGUUUCCUAGCACCAGCGUUGUUCCAAACACUAAUAGUGACUUGGAUCAAGGCCAACCUGAACGUGGCCGUGAAACCUGAGCUGUGGCAGAACUUCAUGGAGCUGCUGUCGAGGCUCACGCAUUGGGAGGACCUCAUCAAGGAGUGGGCGAAAACAAUGGAGACGCUGACCCGCGUGCUGGCGCGGCACGUGUACUCGCUGGAGUUGUCGGAGAGCGCGGAGCGGGGGCGGGCCCGCCGCGGAGCGCCGCUCGCCGCGCCCGCGCCGGUGCCCCGCCCCGCCGCGCACCGCCCGCCGCCCUCCGCUGACACGCGCACGCCUGGUAAAUCCCCGAAAGUGAGCCACGAGUCGCACCCGCGCAAGGAGACUCACUCGCGGCGUCAGCUGACGCGCUGUCGCAGUGACCCGCACAUCGCCAAACAUGCGCUCGCGCAACUUACUACUGAACAUACCAAAGAACCACAUAUAAAUAGCAAGGCUAGGAGGUGGUACUCACUUGAUUCACUGAGGCAGUCUUCUAGUCAUGACGAGAGGGAUUCGGCCAGUGGAUCGCGUUCUCCAUCGCCCGCGCCCUCUAGCGGCGUGGAGAGCAGUUCCAUAAAGGAUUCGCCGUUGCAAAUAGAUCUGGCGUCAGAUGGUGGAAAUGUUGAAUGGUCCGAACAGGAGUCGUUGGGUUUGUCAAGAGGCGGGGGCGUGGGGAGUGGUGGGGCGGGAGUGGGCGUGGCUUUAGGCGGGACGGCGCGUGGUUGGCUGCCGGACGUGGCGGCCAUAUUGUGGCGACGAAUGCUGGCCGCGCUAGGAGACCCUAACGCGUUGAAAGACCCCAAUGCGCAUGCGCACCUAUACGACUAUCUUAUACAUCUCAACAGUACGCUGCUUAAGAUCAGCGCGAACCAGACUCUGAACGGCAACACCGAGAUCCACGUGCCCUUCAACUUGGUGGCGGGAUGGUGUCUCGAAGCCGAGGCGCUGCCGCCCUCGCACAGGGCGGGCAAGCUGUUGGCACUGCGGCUGCUGUGCGAGUCGACGCAGGCCCAGGGCCCGGGCGCGCCCGCCGCCUGCUCGACGCCGCAUCUAGCGCAUCUGCAGCUCUACCAGCGCGCGCUACACCACGGUCUGACCGGCGAAGACCGCUCCGUGGUAGAUGUCCUAGUGGAGUAUGCUGCCCCUCGAUACUUAUCUCUGGCUUUAGAUGGUUACUCGUUAUUGCUACUGGACUUUGUGCACGCCUCCACUGUGGUGCUCAACUCCUCCGACAUGGCGCCCUCGUGUCCACGAACGGCUGCCGUGACUUUCUUAGGAUCUUUGCUGUCGUUGCCAGACGAACUGAUGAAUGCCCCAAUGUUACAGCCUUACCCACAUCAAUAUAACACUGUUUCAUGCCCAGAUCUGAAGGAGCACGUGCUAAACAUAAUAGUGCGCGUGUGCCGGCGCGAGGGCUCGGCGGCGGCGCGCUGCGCGGGCGCCACGGCGCUGGUCGCGCACGCCGCGCACCUGCUGGCCACGCGCGCGCGCUGCGAGCGCUUGCCCGGCUACGUCGGCUGUCUGCUGCACAUGCUCAUGAUGAAGAACAGAAACAUAGCGAAAGUAGUAAGCGAUUGUAUUUUGGUGCUAGCUGACUACACCGACCGGAUCGUCGAGCAAUAUCCCGGGCUUGCCGGUAAAAUAAUCAAGUGGAUCUGCGCGUGCCUCGGCCAGAUAUCUCCGAUCAGUAGCCGGGAGUCCGUCAAACCGUUGGCUGGUUCCCUGUUGCUUUGCCUCGCGGAGUUCGCGGUGCGCUGCGGACCCACUUACCUCAUGCAGGAGAAGGACGGCGACCAGACUUUGCUGCUACUUAUAUUCAGAGUACUAUAUGCGGUAAUGAGAGGAACGAGCGGGUCCGACAUUGAAGGGCUGACGCUGCCCGUUGACGAAGACUUCGACCCCAAUGUACAGUCGGAUAACUUGGGACCCAAGACCUUGCCGGCCUCAACCAUUGACGUCAAACUUUGGGCUCAAACGAUAUGCACCCAGCUAGUGUUGUUCCUCGGCCACUGGCCUCUUUGGAGCGGCUGCCAGCUCUCUUCGAGCGUUUGCGAGCAGCACGACAGCCCCUCACUAGGGGGUUCCCUAGGACCCCCGGUACUCACCGCGCCGCACAUACAACUGAUGAGACUCAGCGAUUCUACACUCGCGUCGUUUGUGGAACUCCCCGCGCUUGACACGCCGGCGGGGGGCGCGGGGGGAACUACACCAGGUUUAACAACAUCCGAGCGUCAAGUUCGUGUGCUCCUGCGGGAUAUCGCGGGCAAGGCGUGUUGGGACGCCUCAGCCCUGCAUUACGACCCGACAAAUUCCUGCGAGGAGCCGCUGGAACCAUUGCCUCUUCCGGAAAAUGUGGAGAGCCCCAGACACAACACGUUAUCGUCGCUGCCGCCGCCGUUGCCGCCCGACUUGUUGCCAGAUUACAAGAACUCGCCGCCAGACAAACAUCAGUUGGACCACGUAUUAGCAUACAUCGGCCACACUUCUCCGGAAGUGGUCUGCGGUCGCAAAUUGGACGCGGCCGGACCUUCACCAUUGCCCCCCGGCGUGGAACAGGAACUGAUGGCCGCCUUACAAGCGCACCGCAACACGGAGAGGCAGUAUCUGGCUGCUAGAGACAGUGAGGAAGAGCCCCCCGGGCCGGAGCCGGAGGCGCCGCCGCUGCCGCCGUUCGCGGCCAGCGCGCGGCUGGCGGCGCAGCUCGGCGCGCUGGCGCCCGCGCGCCGUGCGCACGCGCAGCUGCUGCGCCGCUCCGACCGCCUGCUGCGCGAGCUGCGCAACCUCGACGCGCUCAGGUGUCGUGAAACGCAUAAAGUGGCGGUCAUAUACGUGGGCAAGGGACAGGAGACACGCAACGAAAUACUGUCGAACCGCUGCGGCAGUCCGGCUUACGAAGCUUUCUUGGCGGCUCUGGCUUGGGAGGUGGAGCUGGAGAGCCACGUGGGCUUCACGGGCGGGCUGCGCGGCGGCGGCGGCGGGGGGGUCAGUGCCCCGUACCUGGCCACCCUCACGCUGGAGGCGCUGUUCCACGUGGCCACGCGUAUGCCCGCAGACUCCCCCGACGCUAUCCUGCACAAGACCCGCCACCUGGGCAACGACGAAGUGCACGUAGUAUGGAGCGAGCACUGGCGCGCGUACAAACGCGAUACUUUACCGACGCAGUUCUGCGACGUGCUGAUCGUGCUGUACCCGCUGCAGGGCGGCCUGCUGCGGUGCACCGUCUCCAGGAAACCUGACGUGGCAGUGUUCGGGCCGCUGUGGGAGGAGUGCAUAAUCCGCGUGAGCUGCUGCGCGGCGCUGGUGCGCGGCGCGGCGUUCGCGGGCGGGCGCUCGGUGCGCGCCACCAUGCCGCUGUACCAGCACGCGCACGCCGAGCGCGCCCGCGGCCUGGACGCGCUGGUCGCGCACCACACGCAGCCCACCACCUUCGAGAGCUUCGUGGAGCGGAUACGGGAACCGGUCCCGCAGCACCAGAGUGCCACAAAUGCAGUACCAGAGCAAGGCAGCGGCCGCCUAGCAGCAGCAUUGCUCGACCACGGCGCGGCGUGGAGCGGCGGCGGCGACGGCCACGCCGUGUCGCCGCGGCCCGCCAAGCGCCUGGGCCCGUUCCGGCGCGGCGCCCCGCCCGCCCCGCCCGCGCCGCACACGGCGCCGCCGCACGCGCCGCAGCCGCUGCUGCCGCCGCAGCCGCAGCCCGCACCCAGGAGGAACCGCUGAAUUACUAUGUUAUAUUCUAAUUUAAAGUACCUAUAGUCCAUUUCUUUAGUAAUAAAUAUUUGUAUCACUACAACCCACAUAUACGACUUACAAUAUAAAAUCAAGACGGUAACUUUAGGUACUGUAAUAAAGGUAUAGAUAUUUUUUUUGUUCUGAUGUAAAAGUAAACAAUAUUAUUGUCUUUUUUUUUUGUUGAAAAUACAUUUCAGAAGUGUGGUUCUAUUAACCACACUUCAGAAAUGUAUUUUCAACAUUUUUGCUUGUUUCAUAACUAUAAAUUUAUUUUUUAUCAAAAAGACAUAUCAGCAUUGUUUAUUUUUAUUUACUACCUAAAGAAAUAGACUAUUGAUAUAUAUAAAUAUAAGAAAGCGACGCUGGCAGUAUACAAUAAGCAAUAACUAACGCACUAACUGGAAAUAUUAUAUAUAUUCAUAAGAAUACCUUGGCAAUGUGCAAUACCUAUGGAAAUAUAACCAGCAUGGAAAAAACAAGCUUCACACGUAAAUAAGAUUUUUUUUUUCAUUAUCCUUAAAUUACAGAGGAGAAAGAAAAAACUAUCACUCUCUUUUCAUCUCUGAACUAGUUUAAAAGGCAUGGAUAGAAAAAUGUUCACUUGAGGGAUUUUGUUCCAUUUUGCUAUUGUUUGAUUUGGGUUUGUUUUCCACGCUUGUUACAUUACCAACACUCUAUUCCACACACAUCGGCUAGAAACAUUGUUCUAAAUAUUUUUUUAUAAUGCGUUGAGCGGAUCAUUGUUUUUCGUGUGUAGUUCAACUACAUUCUAAACAUAAGUCUAAAAAAAGUUCUAUAAAAUUGUUUUUAUUAAUUUAAAAUUGACGCACGGCGAAAGGAAAUAAAAACUUCGCAAGUAAAAAGAUCUGCUCGAUGAACUGUUUGUAUUACAACCUCUUCUCAAGUUGCCCUUUAACAAUUUUGUUAUCAUAGCAACAAGUUAUGAUUUUUUCAAUAAUAUCUACUAAAGUAAGAAAUUGACGUCCAAAAACGACGUGACGUCGUAAAAGCGCUUAUUAUUCGAAGAACAUCAACGAAAUAUGCUUUUUGCAUUGCCGGACGGGUUCCCAGUCCGUCAUAUUUUUUGAUGUGACGUCUGUCUCUGAAUGGCAACGAAAAUAUUGAACCAGCCUUGCCUUGUUUUCAACAAGGCUUCGAUAAGCAUAAUUAUUAUUUUAAUUGUUCAAUUAAUAUUUAUAUUAAACAUAAGUAGGUAGUAAUAUAAGUUCGUAUGGUUUCCGAAACCUUAUAUUUCCAGGGCAGUUUUUCAUUAAUAAUUUAACUGUAUUAUUUAUAUUUGGAAAAAGCCAAAAAUAUUCCAACUAACCAAACAAUGUUGCUACCGACAGUCAGUGUUCUGUGGUCCUGUUUCUGUACUCCUCGUCAUAUAAAAAAAUAUAAAAUGUUAUCCUUCAUCCGAUCCUGAUACCAAUGUGGUCUAUGCCUAUCAAUGGACGGAGAAGGCCAAGUAAUAAGCAACUUUAACAAACAGUGAUCCAGAUUUCGAAAAGUAUACUUUUAUUUGUGCACCGCUUUACAGUGUUAAUAAAGUACAGAAAUCCUACUUGUAUUGUAUCUAUUACAGAUUCACGUGUUUAAUAUUUGUCUCAUUGUACAACACAAUAUCAUUCAAAAUUGCUUCAAUUGUAAACACGAAAUAGUACCUAACAGUAUUGUUAAAUAAAAAAAAUAAAGAUUGUAAAUGGCAGUUUUCCCAUUGUUUUGCCUGUCAUUCAAGUAUUAGAAUACUGAUACAAAUCAUUAUUUUUUGCAAAUAACAAAUGUACCACUGUGAUUAAAUGUGAUUGUGACACAUUGAUUAUAUUAUUUAAUUCGUCCAAUGAGAGAUUCUUAGCACCUUAACUUCAGACUUAAUGAAAUUUUUAUGUACUUAAUAAUUUAUUUUAUAAGCUUUUUAACUAUAAAAUAGUGUGCAUUUAAAAUUUAUCUUUGUCAUGUUAAUCUUUAUUUUUGUGAAAACAUCACAACUUCCCGUCUUUCUUCCGAACUUUAGCCAUGGCGUCAUUGUGUUUAUUCCAUAGAUCAUGUAAUCAGCUAUCAUAACAGUUAACAAAUGUAAGUAGUAAGAUGAAGGCAUUGAAAAGUCUUCACCUAUCUAGUUUCUACACGAGUUUUCCCUAAAUCUGAAAUAAUGAAAACAUACCAAAUAUCCGUUCAAAAAUUCUAACUUAUAACUUGUUUGCCAUACCCGCAAAAGCUUGCUUAAUUAUAAAACUUCCUUAUUUUAAACAAACCUACCUACACUAAGUUGGCAAAUAAAUGAAUAUUCUUUGAGUUUUAUCGUUAAACCUUAAGCACGAGCAGGAACCAGGAACGUCAUGGCUAUUCAAUAAAAUUAUUGUUAUGCACACUGAUAUAGAAUAAUUCUUAUAGAUUGCCGCAAAUAUUUGUGUGAUGUGUAUUUUGUCUCAGAAACUUUGUAUCAAGUAUAAGAAUUAUAUCACUGAUAUUUAUGACAUUAUAGCCCUAAGUGACUGAUAAUAGCCUGAAAUAAAUGAGUAUUUUAAGGCUUUAAAAAAAUUUACAUGUUAUGGAUAUUAUUUCUGUACAUAUGUAAACUAGUUAUAGAGCUUUAACUGUUGUAGUUGAAUUUAUACUAUGUAUGUAGAUUGUAUUUAUUUUUUUGCAAAAAUGUUCAAUCUUUUGAAUCUUUGAUCAAAGCAAUGUACUUAUUUGCUAGUGAAAAUUUUUGGAGGGUAUUUGUUUAAACUAACAAUAUCUCGAAAUAAUAAAUUAAACACUACCACGGGGGAAAAUAAAAGUCGGUAUUUUAAGGGAUCUCACAAAUUACGGGGAUUUUACAGGCCUCAAAUAUCCUCUUGUAUACAAACAAACAUUUCAUAAAGAUUAUCUUAACAAAAUGGUGCUUAUACUCAAAAUGACGUAAUAAACAUUCCAUGCAUCAUGGUCAUGUUCGGAAACUUUUCUCAUGGGAAAUUAGGAAUUAAAAGAUACCUAUUUGUUUGCAUUUAUGUUUAUUUGUUUAUUGCAUUCCAGUUAAAUAUUAUUUUAUGAAUCUGUGUUUGUUUCUCACUAUAGGUAAAUGUUGUUAAUCAUAAUUUGUUUGGAAGAAUACAAAAAUUCUUUACAUGGUUAAAUUAAACAGUAUUUUUAUAGAUGUUAAGACUGACACAAGAUUAUGUAUUUAAAUAACUGAGUAUUAAUUUAUUAUCAUUUCUAAAUGUGGUGGUACCACUAUUUAUUAUAGUUAAUUUAUUUCUAUUUUGUUGAUCAAAUUAAUGGCUUCACAGAAUAAUAGUAGCUUACAUUAAUAUUAAGUUAUUUGGAUAUUAACCCCCAGACAGUGUAACCAAAUUUUAUAUUUAAAGCAGUAAUAAAAAUAAAGUUGUUAA